ACCUGAACCUACUCUUCAUUUGUUAAUUUGCCCUUUUCCCUACGCCAAAUGCCAGUGCAAAAGUUGUAAAAUUUACACAUUUCUUUUCUUUAAAUACUCUCUUUGUACACCAAACUCCAUACCCUUUUACUCUCGAGUGUUUUCUCUCUCUCAGCUGCUCUGUUCAAGGGGUCAGUCAGUGUUAUCCGCACUAAGAGAAAAAUGGGGUACUCCAUGGUUUUCAUUGUUAGUAGUCUACUUCUAGUCCUUCAAUUGUCAACUGUAGCCGCGAAAGGAAAAGCUGUUCCACCCCCAAUCAUGGCUCCAGCACCAGCACCAGGUCCUGAAUACACAAACCUAACGGACUUGCUCUCCGUUGCAGGCCCGUUCCACACAUUCCUUAACUACCUCCAAUCGACAAAAGUCAUAGAAACUUUCCAAACCCAAGCUAACAACACAGAAGAAGGGAUCACACUCUUUGUUCCCAAAGACAAAGCUUUUACCUCACUCAAAAAGCCGUCCCUUUCCAACCUCACCGCAGACCAACUCAAAUCCCUUUGCCUUUUCCAUGCAUUGCCACAUUACUACAGUCUAGCUGAUUUCAAGAACCUUAGUGACAUGAGCCCUAUUAAUACCUUUGCUGGUGGAAAUUUGUACUCGUUGAACUUCACCGAUAACUCUGGGACUGUUCACCUUAACUCAGGAUGGUCUAGAACUAAAGUUAGCAGCGCUGUUCGCACUACUUUUCCAGUUGCUAUUUAUCAGGUUGACAAGGUGCUUCUUCCCGAAGCUAUUUUUGGGACGGAUUUACCCCCAAUGCCAGCACCCGCACCCGCACCAGUAAAAGAUAUCGCCCCUACUGCUGAUGGUCCAGUUGCUGAUCAGGCUGGCAGAGCUAGUGCAGCAGCGUCGCCAGGUUCAUCAUCACCAUCAGCUUCUUACAGGAUGAUGAGUUGGGGUAUUUUGAAUCAUUUGGUUUUGGCAAUUGCUGGUGGAUUCUUGAUGUUUUUCUUGUAAGAAAAAUGAUCUUUUGGGGGUGUUCUGUUAAGUUAUGUUGAACUUCAUGGUACAUCUGUUUCUUAUUGGUUUUGAUAUACUCCAAUAUUGGCGAUUUAGUAUUGGUUACAAUAUUUUUGUAUACAUUCCAUGUAUCAUUUUCAUUUUCUCAUACUCCAUAUUCUUUAUCAACCAACCUUUCUCU